AUUCUGUUCUUCAGUAUGCUUGUGUCGAUCGUAGGCGACGGAUGCGCAUUGUCGUGCACGCGUUUCUCUGAACUCCGCGAGUGCUCCGGAAAUAUUAAUAACGAUAACGGACAUCGAAACAUAUUGUCGGACGACGAUCUUAUCUCACGAGAAAUGAAUUAUUUAUUAUUAAUUCUGAAAAGUGAAUUCUAACGCGUUCUACGUUACUCAUCAAACUCUACAAAAACUAAAGUUCGUAAAGUGCGUGUUUGAAAUAAGAAGUAUUGAAUUAGUGGGCCGAAGUGUAAUUUAAAUUGAUAAAAUAAUAUGUUAAUUAUAAUGUGUUAAUUAUAAUAAUGUGUUAAUUAUAAUAUAAUAAAAGUUUCAGUAGUUGUGUUAGAAAGUCAGAUCGUGACGCGAGGAUUACCGAAAUUAAAAUGAAAGUAGAAGCGUUGAUGAACUAGAGAGCAAGAGAAUUCACGACGACACGUAUCUCUUAUACGAGGAGGAUGGUUUCCUGAACGUAUCGUAAAAUCGCUGCGAGAUGAAUUGCACUCUCCACACGUCGUUCGGUCAAGUCAGGAAGAUGCAUACGAAUAUAUAAAUAUCGUAUUCGCGUCGAACUUAUACGAAGCGCAGUAAUUCUCCAGCCGAGAAUCGUUCGAUUUUUGCGAUGACGUCCAUGCUGUCCGGGGAAGAGAGCAACGCGGCGAAGAUGAAACAAAAAUUGAUGGGGGACGCGCCCGCGAAGGAGGAGACGAGGUCUUUCCUCAACUUCUCGCGGGAGAAUCUGAGCAUCUCGCAAUCCGACCUCGAGCAAGGGUUCAACCGAUCGCGACUCGUACGACCGAGCAAGACCACGAUCCUGAGCGUGGCCGCCCUUAUGGCCCUUAUUCUCUGCCUCAGCCUUCAGAGCUGGAAGCUGCUGUCGAACACGCAUGAAAUCGAGCAACUGAGAAGAGACGUCGAUAUCCUGAAACAUCGGUUUCUGGAGCAGGACCUUAUGGACGAGUUGAAAGCCUUCGAGGAACAACUGUACGCCGAAGAGUCUACCGAGGAUAAUGAUCCAGGCGAGACGGACAUUGAUAACGCCGAUUACGACUCCAAUUAUGAUGACGAUGGUUCCGCAUCGCACGACUACGCCGGCGACUACCACACUCCGUUGACUUACGGCGCCAGGUCGUCGGAUUUCCACGGCAUCACGUCCACGUCGAUACCGGUACCCACGUCCUCGGAUCCCGGCACCAACGAGGACAUGGUCGAGCUGCUGGCAACCUUGCGCAAGGUCGAAGCGAAGCACGAGCAGGACUUCGAGAGGAACCUACGAGAGAAUCACAAAAGUAUCGAGCGCGAUCGUCUCAAGGGAGGUCACAAGAGGCAAUCGAGUCACGAGGAGAAGAUGAGCGACGCGAACAGCACCAGACACAAAUCCGAUGUCGUCAGGGAGGUUGCGAGCUCGGGACACGCCAAAGAGAGCGUCAAAUCGAAGCGAUCCGUGAAUGAUGGCUUGACUGACGACCCGGUGAGAGAUACAACGAGCGGCAAGCGAUAUAAUACGGGAAGGGUCGUUGUCUCUAGAGCGAAUUCUUAUGCAAGUGUCGAGAGCGACGUGAAUGACAAUCCUGAAACGGAUUUACAACAUCCACCGAAAAAGUAUCACGCUCACGCAUUGGAGACUAUUCCCUUGGCGCGCCGUCACCAAUUAUACGAGGAGACCACUCAGCCUCCUAGCAGAUACGAGAGCGAAAGCACGGAAAUUGUAGACGACAGAAGGAUCGGCUGGCGAAGCCGCGACCUUUCGGAAAACAGGACUGUGGUUCGCCGGCCCGUUCAGAAUGACGAAAAGGCUGCGAGGAAAUUUCCACGGAGAUUGACUAGAAGGCAUUUGCGUGCACCACGGCAGGUUUAUGCGAUCCACUACGGGGCGGACAGCACCCUCUUCUCGACGCAGGACGAGCACACCGGUAACGGCAGGGCGCGCCACUACAACGGAGUCUUCAGGGCAUGGCGGCCGAGCGACUGGGUCGCUGAUCUCGGCAUGAGUAGACACUUUACUCUCAGCGACGGCAAGGUCACCGUGCACGAACCGGGGUUGUAUCAGGUGUACGCGCAGAUCCACUAUCUGGACGAGCACGACGAGAACGGCUUCCACAUGCUGGUGAACGGCAAGCCUAUACUGCAAUGCAUGAUAUACAGCCCGGGCAUGGGACACAAGAGCCGCUCGUGUUACUCAUCGCAAGUGACCCUUCUUCAGGCAGGCGAUCAUCUGGUCCUGAAAGACAUUGGAUCGGCGAGAUAUACUCUUUUCCAGCAUGAUAAAAGUUUCUUCGGCUUAGUGAAAGUCGGUGAAUUCAGACAGCAGCAGAAACAUCCACCGACACACCAGUAAUUGUAAACGCUGUGCAAUUAUCAGCGCUAAAAAGUGAUAUGCAAUUUGUAGUCAUUGAUUUCCUCCCCGGUGAAAAAUGCUCGUUGAUUGAUGUCAAAAUGAUGCCAAAUUGGUACGAAUACAUUGGUUCAUUUUGCCAGUAAUGCGAUUUUUUAAAGAUAUUUACCGAAUUGACGUCGAAAUCGUCAAAUCGACAUCAAUCGUCAAUCAACAAAUUAUUUCUCGCUGGGCUAUCCUUAAAAGUUAUCUGUAAAUUCGUAUUAUUUGUACGUGUAAUGUAAUAUACUUUCCACUUGCAGGUUAUAUUAUUUCUUGCAAUUAGUAAUUCGGUUUCACAGGCCACACGAUAUUUACCGUAGAAUUUUUAUAUUUUACCAUUUUGUUAAUUGUACUUCGUACCCUACAUAAUUUUUAUUUACACAGAAUUGCUACGAAUAUUCGUUCAUAAAGAAUUAUAUACGUGUAAACACUGUAAACAGUUGCUCUAUAUACGUAUAACAUAUUUAUAUAUAAGAAAAAUAAAGUAUAUUCUCUUAGUUUAUACA